AUGGCCUCGACGGUAGUCGAAAGUUGGGGAUACGCAGAUGGUUGUGAUCAUGGCUCGAACGAUUCUGAGUUCUCGCAGAGCAAUCACAAUCUUCUCAUGUCGCUGCUCGACGAGACACAAACUGAUGAUUGUGAUGAUGAUGAAAGACUGGAAAAGGUGAUUCGGUCACUUGAGGAUGAAAUCAAUUCGAAUGAUUGUUACGAGUUUGAUAAGAUGACGUGGGAGGCUAAUUAUCUGAUGGAUUAUCAAUCAUCGACUGAUGAGCCGAACGGUCAAGAUCACUCGAUGCAACCCAAUGAUUUUGAUGAUCUUUGUUGGGUGGAUGUGGAGACUACUCCACCUAGUGGUGGUUGGGAUGAAUUUGGUUGUGUUAAGAACUAUGCUCCUAUUUCUAGUGAAGAGCAAGAUUAUGGUUCAUUAUGGAAUGAGACAAAUGUCAUUAUGUGA